UUUACACCGUUCCGUAUUCGGUGAGGUAAAUUAAGAAAUCAUUGCCUAUCACAAAGUUUCAAGAGAAAGGAAACAGAACCAGUCUAGAGGUUUUUAGACCUUCAGCCUCGGGGUUUAAGAAGAUGAAGGCGAUGGAGUUGAGGUUAUAUUGAAGAGUUAAAUCAGAAUCCUAAAUUUAUCAAUGGAAGAAGCAAUUCAUUCCGGGUUUCUUCGUAGGAGACCUCAUCUGGGGAGUAAAACAGUCGAUACUCUUCUCAAAAUCAUGUCUUUAUGUGCUGAUGAUCAGGAGUCUCAGAAUUCUAAUCCCAUCGUAUUUGAUGCCCGAAAUUCAGGUGUUCGAAGAAAUGACUCAGAGAAUGAAUUGGUAAAAGAUAAAAGCACUGAGGUGGUUUUAGGAGUUGAAAAUUUGAUGAUUCUAGAUGAUGAGGUUGGUUCUUUGGUAGUUAAGGAACCACAGCAAGGGAAUGUUGAUGAGGCCAAAGUUGUUGAUGAGCAUGUAAGGAAUGAAAUUCUGGAACCAAUUAGACAUCCAGAAGAUAUGCAAGUGCAAAGUUCUUCUUCUGAGCAGAAUGUUGGGAAUGAAGUGGCAGGUGAUCAUCAGCGAGAAGAGACGUGUUUGACGGAGCCAGUUAAUUUAAAUUCUGCUGCUUCUUUACUCACUGAUAUGGACAUUGAAGAUGGUGAAAUUCCCGAUGGUUUAGGUCUCUAUAAUGAAUUAGUAGAUUUGAUAAAUGAGGAUCUUGCAUCGAAUGAAGAAAAGACUGGUGGCGAAGACCAGAUUCAUCUUGAAGUUAAUAAGGAGAGCAAUAUCGAGGCUCAACGAGAGGAAGAUAGGGCGGCAGUUGAAAAAUAUAUGUCUUCAGCUUGCACCCAGGAAGAAAUUAAGAUGAAAAAGAACAAGAGGAAACUUGAUAGAGAUUGCGCCGUUGGUGUUGGUAAUAGAAAUCUCAAACGGGGUUAUGAGGAUGAUUUGCUUCCAGGAGCGGGAAAUGGUGGAAAGGAAAUUGAUGAAGCCAAUGUGGAUGCACCAGCAAAAAAGCCAUGUUUGAGUGAUAGAAUUCUCGAACAAAGUUAUGGGGAUGAUUUGUUGCAAGAAGCAGGGAGUAGUGGAAGGGAAAGUAGUGAAGCCAAAGUGCCUGCAAUAACAAAAGAGGCAGGGUUUUGUAAUAGACAGCUUGAACGGGGUUAUGAUGAUGAUUUGCUGCGAGAUGCAGGAACUAGUGGGAAGGAUAAUGGUGAAGCCGAAAUGGCUGAAACAACAAAGAAGAACACUAAAGCAGGUGAAAAAAGAUCAGGAGUUCCUAGUAAAGAAAGAAAAGCUAAGAAAAGGAUGAAUGAGAGAAAAAAGAGAGCACAAACACGGAGAGAACAAGGAGUCAAGAGGUUGAGAAUUGAACCACAAAUUUCAAAACCAAAACCACCAAAGUAUUGCGAAUUUUAUCUUAAAGGAAGAUGUCAGAAGGGUUAUUCCUGCAAAUUUUCACAUGAUACAACUCCAUUGACGAAGUCCCAGCCAUGCAAGUUUUUGCCACUCCAACAGUGCUUGAAAGGUGAUGACUGUCCAUUUGAUCACCAACUCUCUAAGUAUCCAUGUAACAACUACGUCUCCAAUGGUUCUUGCAACAGAGGAGAUAAAUGCUUGUUCUCGCACAAGAUCUUGGAAACUCCUAAACUAUCUGACGUUAGCCCAACAGAAGCAGUGUCUCAGCCUUCACCGAAUAACUUAAAUACAAAGAGAAGUCAAAACACAAAAAACAUUUCUCCUUGUAUACUCAACAACAUAUCAAGUGGGGCGUCUCUGAAGACCCCGUCAACAACAGGAUCCCAUGUCCACAAGAACCCUGAGCAGAGCGUGCUGGAAAAAAUGAGAUCGCCUGCACAACCACCUAAAGGAGUUACAUUACUCUCAUUCGGCAAUUCACCUUCGAAUAACUCCAGUGUGAGACCACCUGCACAACCGCCUAAAGGAGUAACAUUACUCUCAUUCGGCAAUUCGCCUCCCAAUAACUCCAGUAUGAGACCACCUGCACAACCACCUAAAGGAGUAAAAUUGCUGUCAUUCGGAAUUUCGCCUCUGAAUAACUCCAGUAAUAAGACGAACUCGAAUGGCACAGAAGCAAGCAGUCAAAUAGAUCAAGAGACAUUGAAAACGGCCCAAAGUUCGAAUCAGCUGUUCCAGAAGACUACACCGUCAACAUCAGCUUCUGCAAGUCAAGGAUCACAAAACUCAUCACAGAACCUGCAAAACAAGAAUCCAGCUCAAAGAGCACCGUCCUCAACCUUAUCUUUUGCAGCCAAGUACGAAUCAGAAAUGAUGAAGAACCGGUCAAAAAUUCCCACCGGCUUGAGCACCACCGCCAACAGUAGUAAGACACCGAGCAGCAGCACUGCCGCCAGUUCAAGCAUUGAUAACAUCCAAAAUCGAUUGCUGAAAGCUUCUCCUUUGCUUCAAGAAUUCCUCUUCGGUUUUGGUGGAACUGAUGGUAAACUGUAAAUUGUAACAUAUGAAAAAGAAAAAAAAAAAAAACCAUUUCAUUCAUAGUUCUCACUUUGUACUAUCUUGCAGUAUCAAUCAAAAUUUUGUAGAUUUGCUGUAAUUUAUGCCAGUUAAGACCUGACUUAAGUCAAUCUACU